ACAAUAAUGUUCUCCUUUUGUCUCCCUUUAACAUCAUCGCCUUCAGUUGCUUGACUCGUGGGACAGUUCUCGCGGCCAUGUCUAUUACUGCUGCUUAUGAUGCGCAGCCGAGCAAGACUGUAGAUGUGGGCGCUUAUGGCGUGCAGGAUAACGUUCAACAUGGCGACUUUGUUACGGAGAACGAAGAGCGUGAUUUGAGACGUGGUCUUGCGCAGAGGCAUAUCCAGAUGAUUGCGCUUGCUGGUGCCAUUGGAACUGGACUCUUCAUUGGACUCGGAUCUUCUCUGCAGACUGGAGGACCUCUGGGUGCUUUACUUGGCUAUGCUUUCGUCGGUCUAAUUGUUUGUGCCGUCCAAUUCGCCCUUGGAGAAGUCACUGCCCUUCUACCCGUCACUGGAUCGUUUGUCCGCCAUGCCGAGUUCCUGGUCGAUCCUGCUCUGGGAUUUGCUGUGGGUUGGAACAUAGUUUACGGAAAUUGGCUUUCGAUUCCAGCGGAGAUAUCAGCCAUCUGUGUGUUGUUCCAAUACUGGACUGAUAUCAAUUCGUCGCUUUUCAUCGUCAUUUUCAUCAUCUUGACCUUUGUGGUUGGAAUUGCUUUUGUGGGAAUCUAUGGAGAGGUCGAAUUCUUCUUUGCCCUGCUCAAGAUCCUACUGGUUGUUGGACUCAUCAUUCUAGGUCUUUGCAUUGAUCUCGGAGGUGUACCUGGAACUCCCAGAAUUGGGUUCAGGUAUUGGUCAAAGCCCGGCCCCUGGGUUGAGCACAUCGCGACUGGAUCUUGGGGCAACUUCCUCGGCUUCUGGAGCGUCAUGAUCAAUGCAGUCUUCUCCUUUGCUGGUGUCGAAUCUAUCGCCAUGGCCGCAGCCGAAACCAGAAACCCUCGCCAGAACAUCCCCAAAGCGUGUAAAAGAGUCUUUGCCCGUGUUUCUCUUUUCUACAUCCUCACGGUCUUGAUAGUUGGCAUGUUGGUCUCCUCCGACGACGAGCGCCUCCAAGACGAAAGCGGUACUGCUGCACAAUCUCCUUUUGUCAUUGCAGCUUCAGCGGCGGGGAUCAAGGCCAUUCCGUCGAUCGUGAAUGCUGUGGUCAUUACAUCUGCUUGGAGUUCUUCUAAUCAGGCUCUGCUUGCUGGAACUAGAGUACUUUACUCGCUGGCGUUGAAGAAACAGGCACCUGCAAUUUUCCUCCGCACGACUUCUUGGGGUGUGCCUUAUAUGUGCGUGUUGCUUCAGACAGCAUUCAUGUUCUUGGCCUUUAUGAGCUUGAGCUCGGGAGCAUUGACCGUGUUCUACUGGAUGGUUGAUUUGGUCGGCUGUGGAGUUUUGAUCUCUUGGUCUUGCGUCUUGGUCAAUCAUCUCAGAUUGCUGGCUGCGAUGAAGAAGCAGGGUAUCGCGAGAACAGAGUUGCCGUGGCAUAAUAAGUGGACUCCUUACUCCUCUGCCAUUGGAUUGGCAGCGUGUCUGUUGAUUCUUCUCACCAACGGCUUCUCGGUCUUUACUCAUGGUGGUUGGUCUGCGAGCUCCUUCGUUUCGUCUUACCUAGAUAUCCCUCUGAUUUUGAUCGCCUACCUCGGCUGGAAGUACGCCAAGGGUACAAAGUUCGUAGCUCUGGAGGACAUCCCCAUCAGAGCUGCUCUGGACGAGAUCAGGGAUAACCCAGAGACACCUGAGCCGAUGAGAAAAGGCUGGAAAGGUGUUGUGAUGAAGAUGCUUUGGGAGUAGCUUCAACUUCAGUUCUUCUCACACAGUACCAUGCUUCGAUAAUUACAAAUUGAUCAAACCAUCUUUGUGUUC